CGCUCUGUCAGUUGUCAGUUGCGAGCGUGAACGGGCGAGUGCGUGCCGUGUUGCCGAGAGCUCUGCGAUGGCUCUGCUCAGACGUUUGGCCGUGAACGCGCCGCGAAAUGUACGUGUGCUGUCUGCCGGCUCGUCGCCUGUGCGCGACGAGCUGGAUCUCAACUUCAACAGUCCGAAGGAUGCCUUCAAGAGUAAGAAGACGAGCGAACUGGUGCGGGCUUACCUCGUCUACCAGAUAUGCUCCGUCAACUGGAUAGUGGAGAACAACGACAUGUUGAUGAAAAGACUCCGUCAAGUGGUAGGGAAGCGGUUAUUCGAGAUCAUCAUGAAAUCCACUUUCUACGGCCAGUUCGUUGCUGGCGAAGACCAAAACAAAAUCAAGCCAACUGUUGAGAGAUUACGGUCCUUUGGGGUUAAAUCGAUCCUGGACUACUCGGUAGAAGAGGAUCUAUCUCAAGAAGAAGCCGAGAAGAGAGAAGUCAGUGCAUCAGUUUCCACGUACGGCGACAACAAAGAAGAGGGCCACCUGAAGCAAUACCAUGUGGAGCAGCGGUUCGCGGACAGGAGGUACAAGGUGACCAGCGCGAGGACCUACUUCUACCUGAACGAGGCCGCCUGCGAGAAGAACGCGGAGGCGUUCCUCAAGAGCAUAGACGCUGUGGCCGGUAUUACUAAAAGUACGGGCCUUAUGGCAGUGAAACUUACCGCGUUGGGAAGGCCACAGUUAUUGCUCCAACUGUCCGAGGUGAUAAUGCGCGCUCGCAGCUACAUGCAGCAGAUAGCGGGCGGCACCGGCAACGUGCUCACUCACCACAAGACCAUCGAGGACCUGCAGCGGUACUUCGGCGAGAACACCUCGAAGCCGGAGGUGCAGGACUUCAUGAAGAAGAUCACCUCGGACAAGGAGGGAAUAGUCCAUCUGUUUCCGUGGUCUAUGAUCCUGGACGAGGACAUGGGUCUGUCCGACACGUUCCGCGUGCCUGACCCGAAGACCGGUCAGAUGCGACGUCUCAUAUCACAGAUAUCACCCAAGGAAGAGGAGAUGUUCCGGAACAUGUUGAGACGCCUUAAUCACAUCAUUCAGGUUGCAAAUGAGAAAGACGUAAGGAUAAUGAUUGACGCCGAGCAGACAUACUUCCAGCCUGCUAUAUCACGUAUAUGCGUUGAAAUGAUGAGGAGAUAUAACAAAGAUAAGUACCUAGUAUUCAACACUCAUCAAACGUAUCUGAAGAAUACCUACAACGAGAUAGUCACUGACCUGGAGCAAGCCGCGCGGCAGAACUUCUUCUGGGGGGCGAAAUUAGUGCGCGGCGCAUACAUAGAACAGGAGCGCGCCCGCGCGGCCGCCAUGGGCUACGAGGACCCGACGUGCGAGAGCGUGGACGCCACCACCGCCUCCUUCCACAAGUGCCUCGCUGAAGUACUCGGCAGGGUCAAGUCGUCCAAGAUUGGCAUCGGCAUAAUGGUGGCGUCGCACAAUGAGGACACGGUGCGGUACGCGAUAAAGCUCAUGAAGGAGCAUAACAUUAGACCAGAGGAUAAGGUCGUCUGCUUCGGACAGCUACUCGGCAUGUGCGAUCACAUCACCUUCCCACUAGGCCAAGCUGGCUACUCGGCGUACAAAUAUGUACCUUAUGGGCCAGUAGUAGAAGUACUGCCAUAUCUGUCUAGACGUGCGAACGAAAACCGCGGUUUCCUCGCCAAGAUAAAGAAAGAGAAAGGAUUAAUUCUGAAGGAGAUAAUACGUCGCGUCGUCACCGGCAAUAUGUUCUACAAACCGUCGGGCAAUUACACGCCAGUGUAAGUUGAACUUUAAUGAGCAAUGUUUAGAGUCCAAUUUGCGUUGCCAGUCAAUUCUAGUGCGGACCGAGUCGAGCAGGCACGAUUAUAAGGCUACUUUGUAAGAAUGUUGAAAAUGUGUGAUAACUUUGAAGUAAUGUGUAAUUGCAUAUCUGUUUCCCUCGUUCUGGAACAUUCGGUUACAUAGAUGAUGUCUAACCUGUAUUAUCUAUAAAUAGAGAAGCGAUUGAAAAUGUAUAAGUAGUUUAUACUACAAAGAAAUAAUUCUUUGAGAUUUGCUACGCGUUGACAGUUGCUUACAUAAACUGCAGCUUUUUAAAAGCAGUAAGUUUAAAUAAUUAUAUAAUAUCUAUAAUGCCUUAUUGGACUGUACUUGGUCUAUCAAUAAGAUAUUGGUAAUGAUAUUAACUAUAGAUUGCAUCUAUCGGAGACUGAUCAUGAUUAAUCAUAAAAAGACUAUUGAUUUCAUAAUCAUAAUUAUCGAUUUUGAAUGAUAUAAUUUAAUUCUUCGAUAGUAUAAGUAUACUUAUGAUAAUUAUACCUCAAAACUAUCUGUAGGUACUAUUAUCUUGUUAUUAUGUUAUAUAUCUGGCUGUGUAUUUGCAAGGCUAUGAAUUGACUUUAUAAUAACCUCAAUACAUAAUGUUAUAACAUCAUCCACCUGCUAUAAAGUCGAUAUGUAAAAUGUUUUGUUUAAUAACGGGUCUAACAAAUAUGAUAUUAUCUUCGGUCUUCAUUUCAGUGGGACAUGGAAAUCUAUUUAAUUUUUUUUAUCAUAGAUAAAACGUAGAUGUCAUUUAAACUGAAUGUUUUACGAAUGAGGGUAUUAGGUUUCUUUUUGUGCAAUUGUUAUACGAGUGAUUGAAUGCAUAUAAUAUUAUCUUACUGCAAUUUCUUAAAGAUACAACUUAUAGGGCGCCUACGAGAAAAGAAACGUUUGAGUGUGACAGAGAAUAACAUUUAGUCCAUCUAUUGCACUUGUAUAAAUAAGCCAUAUACGAUUAAAUUUUGUUUAUAUCCCCUUAAAAUCUGGAUCAAGGCAAAUACCUACUUUACCGACGGGGAAAUUAUAAAUGUAUCUCCCCUUUAUAAUAGAUCGGAUGAAAAUUAUAUAAUUCCCCGCGAGGGACCAAUUUUAUCAUUCCGAUGAAAUAAUUCAGCGGAUAAAUCACUUUCCCAAACACGGAACAGAUAUUAUCUAUUAUAUAUUUGCUAAAAUUGGUCGGGGAUUAACGAACAAUAUGAUUUACACAGGAAUAAAUUAUACAGGGUUUAUUGGUGGAUUAACUGUUAGAAUGCUUCAUUAUUGUUUUAUAAUUAUAAUGUAUUUAUAAUUUGUUCAACGCUUAUUUGUGUAGUUUCAAAAUAGAUCGCUGUUUACAAUAAGUAGGUGUUAAAUUUGAUAUUGUUGUAGUGAGAUAUUCUUUUUUUUCGUCCAUAUACAAUAACAAUAAAUCGAAUAUAAUAGGACAGGGUUUUUCUGUAUUACACGCGUUUGAUAUUACAAUAUGUGGUAAUCUUUCUAUCAAUAUAUGUCGUUGAUGUAAAUUUAAAAUGCAGAAAAAUGUUAAAUGAAUGUCUUAAUCGUAAAUAUUAUUUUUGGACAAUAAUCCAAUUGAUAGUCUUAUAGAGGAGUUAGAUGGAAGAAGGCUGGUCGAGUCAGUAGUAAGAACUAUUAUGAAAUUAGUGGGUAUAGUGUAGCGUUUGUUGGAUUGUUGAAUCGGAUCAAUACGCCUAGACUGUUUGUUGUUAUUGAUAAUUUUUUUUUAGCGAAUUUUACAAUUUCUUAUAAAAACGCAUUUUUAAUAAAAUCUCAAUUGAAUCUGAAUGAUGUAUUUAAAGUACUUACAAUGUGGAGUCUGGCAUGCUUGAUUUUGUAGCUAUGUUGUUUGAAUCAUUUAUGUCGAGACGUGACUUUAGCGUAGUGUCGACGACCUUAUGACACACCGUAUAAGGUUGAGAAAUGUUUGUUGCAUUUUCAGUAUAAUGCCAAAGUGAUUUUGAUUAUGUACGUGUUGGUAACGCCUAGAAAUAAAAUUCUAACGUGAUUUCAAUAUUAUUGAGUUCUAUAAAAGUACUCAUCUCUAGUCGAGUAUUUUAUGAGCAAUUUGGCAAAUAUGCAUCAGUAUUUAGUAGCAUAUAUGUUUAUGAUCAAAGAUUGUUUCGCUUUAAGCGUUUCUAAGCAAAACUAGAAUUUGUCUCCAUGGUGAAGAUGUUGCGGAAUUUUCAAAAAUAUACUAACUAUAUAGGUACCUAUUUAUUAUAACACCAUU